CGGAAGCCGCGGCCGCGGUUGCUGGACUAGGUGGGAGCGGGUGGGCUCCCUCACACCGAGCCGCCCCUGGGCUUGUUCUCUUCGUAGUCGUCGGCCCCGGGCCAGGAGCUGGAGUCCCACAGACUCAUAGGACCCGGGUCCCGCCCUCGAACAGCCGCCUCAGCCGGGGGCGUCGCUCGGACUAAGAAGUCUCAUCCUAGUUCGACGCGGCUGGGUCGGAGGUAACCAGGUGCUGACCCGGGCCCGGCAUGGCAUUUGAGCAGUUUUCUUCAUUUAUAAGCGAAGGAUAUAAAUCUUUUUGAAGGAUGAGUAGGAGUUUGCCAGUCGUUUGCAUGUUAAUGCAGAUGAAACUCCCAGUAGAGACCACUGUCUAGGGAAAAUGGCAGAGGCCACCAUGGAGCAGUGUGCAUGCGUGGAGAGAGAGCUGGACAAGGUGCUGCAAAAGUUCCUUACCUAUGGACAGCACUGCGAGCAGAGCCUGGAAGAGCUGCUGCACUAUGUGGGCCAGCUGCGGGCUGAGCUGGCCAGCGCAGCCCUCCAGGGGACCCCUCUCUCAGCUACUCUCUCCCUGGUGAUGUCCCAGUGCUGCCAAAAGAUCAAAGACACUGUGCAGAAACUGGCUUCGGACCACAAGGACAUUCACAGCAGCGUGUCCCGAGUGGGCAAAGCCAUUGAUAGGAACUUUGACUCUGAGAUUUGUGGUGUAGUCUCGGACGCAGUAUGGGACUCCCGGGAGAAGCAGCAGCAGAUCCUGCAGAUGGCCAUUGUGGAGCACCUCUACCAGCAGGGCAUGCUCAGUGUCGCCGAGGAGCUAUGCCAGGAAUCAACGCUGAAUGUGGACUUGGAUUUCAAGCAGCCUUUCCUGGAAUUGAAUCGAAUCCUGGAAGCUCUGCAUGAACAAGACCUGGGGCCUGCAUUGGAAUGGGCCAUCUCCCACAGGCAGCGCCUGCUGGAGCUCAACAGCUCCCUGGAGUUUAAGCUGCAUCGAUUGCACUUCAUCCGCCUCCUGAUGGGUGGCCCUGAGAAGCAGCUGGAGGCCCUCAGCUAUGCCCGGCACUUCCAGCCCUUUGCCCAGCUGCACCAGCGGGAGAUCCAGGUGAUGAUGGGCAGUCUAGUGUACCUGCGGCUGGGCUUGGAGAAGUCACCCUACUGCCACCUCCUGGACAACAGCCACUGGGCGGAGAUCUGUGAGACCUUUACCCGAGAUGCUUGUUCGUUGCUGGGGCUUUCUGUGGAGUCCCCCCUCAGCGUCAGCUUUGCCUCUGGCUGUGUGGCGCUGCCUGUGCUGAUGAACAUCAAAGCUGUGAUUGAGCAGAGGCAGUGUACUGGGGUCUGGAGUCACAAGGACGAAUUACCGAUUGAGAUCGAAUUAGGCAUGAAGUGCUGGUAUCAUUCGGUGUUUGCGUGCCCCAUUCUCCGCCAGCAGACGUCAGAUUCCAACCCUCCCAUCAAGCUCAUCUGUGGCCACGUCAUCUCCCGAGAUGCACUCAACAAGCUCAUCAAUGGAGGAAAGCUGAAGUGUCCCUACUGUCCUAUGGAGCAGAACCCAGCAGAUGGGAAACGCAUCAUAUUCUGAUUCCUGCCUGGAAGGAACUUUGUCGGAAGGGGUUUUUCACCCACGAGACUUGGUCUGUCUCGGUAGAGUGGUUGGCUUCAGUGGAUCAUGGUUUGUUCUAGAGCACCUGGCUGAGGAGUGCUACCAUGGGGAGGGGUUGGACCAGCCCUUUGGUAGAGGCUGAUGAAGGAGAUGAACCAACCCACACCAGGCAGCUGGCUCCUUGGCUGUAGAGAAAGGGAAAUGCUGCUGGCCUCUCUACUACUGCUCUGUCUCUUCUUGUUUAUAUCUGCCAUUGACUUAGUAGCAGCUGACAGAGCAGCAGAGGACUUGGCCAGCCGCAGACAUCUCUCUGCCCUCAGCCAUGGCUCUUGCUGCCAUGCCAAUGCUCAUGUACACUCCUGUUCCUCAGCCCAAAGGUGUCCAGCUGUAGCCCAUCUCCACCUGCUGUACAGCCUCAACUGUGUGUACCCAUUUCCCACUGUACAUAGUCCAAGUUUGAACUGAAUGCCAUUGUUUUAUAACUUUAAGCAAAUAUAUUUACAGCCCUUCUCCUUACUUCUCCUGGCCAGCCUUUAGUGUCACUGACAAAUAAUUAGUACUUGUGUCUAC